AUGAUAACCGAGUCGGUCCAAGAGCUGGUGAAGAUCGAGCGGAUCGGCGCGCACUCGCACAUCCGAGGGCUCGGCGUAGAUCCCGAGACGCUCGAGCCGCUUGAAACCCGUCAAACGGCACCCGAUAAUGAAAAGUAUGAGCGUUACGGGCUUGUAGGCCAAUAUCGAGCUCGCAGAGCAGCAGCUGUCGUCUGCAGAAUGGUUCAGGAAGGUAAACUCGCCGGGCGCGGGGUGUUGCUCGCCGGUCAACCAGGGACUGGCAAAACAGCGCUAGCGACUGCCAUGGCGCAGCAGUUGGGGCCCGAAACGCCGUUUACCAAACUGACGGGCUCAGAGGUGUACUCGUUAGAAAUCUCGAAGACCGAGUGUCUCAUUCAAGCGUGUCGACGAAGUAUUGGCGUCCGCAUACGAGAAGAGACGGACGUCAUCGAAGGAGAGGUUGUGGAGCUCGAAGUUGACCGUGACGCACAACAGAACCAAGUCGGCCGUAUCGUGCUCAAAACAACCGACAUGGAGACCGUCUAUGAGCUCGGACGUCGCAUGACUGAGGAACUCCUACGACGACGGGUACGACCAGGGGACGUCAUCUCUAUCGAUAAGGGUAGCGGCCGUGUCACCAAACUGGGACGCUCGUUUGCUCGCAGUCGGGAGUUUGACACCGCCGGGGAAGACACGCGUUUCGUCGCCUGCCCUGAAGGAGAGGUCCAGAAACGUCGACAAGUUGAACACAUUGUCUCGCUUCACGAUAUCGAUGUCAUUAAUUCUCGUCAGCAAGGGUUCCUGGCGCUGUUCACUGGCGAUACGGGUGAAAUUAAACCCGAAGUCCGUGAGCAGAUCGAUGCACGUGUAGCGCAGUGGUGCGAGGAAGGCAAGGCGGAAAUCGUUCCCGGUGUACUGUUUAUCGACGAGGUGCAUAUGCUGGAUAUCGAGUGCUUCGCCUUUUUGAGUGGCGUACUAGAGUCGCAGUUUGCGCCGCUCCUGGUAUGUGCGAGCAACCGCGGAGUCACGCGCAUUCGUGGAACGGAAUUCUGUGCACCACACGGGGUGCCCGUUGAUCUCCUGGAUAGAAUGCUCAUCAUUCCCAUGUAUCCGUAUGAUGAGCCAGAGUGUCAUGAGAUUCUGCGCAUCCGGAGCGAGGAGGAGGAUAUUGUGCUUUCGCGGCCGGCUCUGGCGCUACUUGCCAAGAUAGCAGUGGAGACGAGUUUACGAUACGCCAUGUAUCUCAUGACGACGACAGCAGUGCUUUGUGGCCAGCGGCGGGGUUCCCAAGUUGAAAUCGAUGACGUCAAGCGGGCGUACUUGCUUUUCAUGGAUACGCGUCGCAGCACGCAGUAUCUGCUCGCACAUGCAGAUGAUUACAUGAUGAGCGAAGUUGACGGUCAGGCCGAGGAACCCGCACCGAGUACCGCAGAAACCCCGAAAGCGGCAUCGCCAUAG